AUGGCAGGAACGUUAAAUUUAAAUGAACUGAAAGACGAGCCCAUUUUAUUUUACGAAAAUGCAUUAAGCUAUGUUUUUUCAAAUGCAAGGGAUGACCACAAGAAGGAUAUCCCAACCUGUGUGAUAUACCCAAAUGAGACAAUCAAAAUUGGCUUCCCCAUAUAUUCUAUAAAAAAUAUUAACAAAAAUGAAAAUGUUAUAAACGAUACAGAUGUGCAAACCAACAGGUUCAACGAAGAACCCCUGAUUACUUAUGCAUCUGAGUCGAAGCAUAUUUACCCCCUGCGAGUGAAGGUAUACUACAGCGUCCUCUACAUGUUAAUAAUUUCCCAGCUGUUUGCCAUGAUCUUUUUUAAAGACAACAUAAACCGCACCACCACGGGAGAAAUAAACGGAGGGCAGAUCUUCAUAUUUCUCUUCAUGGCCCUCUCACACAUUCUGCUGAUACUGUCGAAGUUUCGCAAAAUCAAGCCCUACGUGUUUGACGUGUACACUUCACUCAGUUUAUUUUUUUUUAUUUUGUCCAUCCUAACAAUAAAUUGUUUUAGUAGCUCUGUGAUUUCCCUCUUGCAGUUCUUCAUUUUCUUUUUGCAUGCCAAGAUUGAUUACUACGUGAUGCCCCACUCGUGCGUCGUCCCCCCGUGA